AUGGAGCCCACCACACUCCCCUUCGAGGCGCUGCGUCCGCGGAGCGCAUGGGACGAUGAGGAGAUCCAACCUUGGCAACUUGGAGCCACAUGCACCCAGCGUUCGGCCGUGACCUCCAACUUGGUGAGCACCAUCAACCUUGGGCAGUCUUCGCCGCUCCGGUGCCUUCGGUCGCCGGACCCCGCGCACCGGCGACCCGACCUGCGCCACGACGUGCUGGCGUCAGACGACUUCGGAUAUCCCAAUCCUUCACCGCAACGAGUCCAAUUCGAGCGCAAUGACCGCGUUCAGCGACAGCCAGUGGGAGCUGCCCCUCCGCCACGGAUCCCAUCCUUUAAGGAAGCCUUGCGCUUGGCGUCUACGCCCAGUACGAGCGCCACGUCUGCGCGCUCGGCGGCCAGAUGGGAGGAGCCUUCGGAGUCCCGUUCAGCCGCAUUCACCGGGCUGCGGCUGCCGGCGCCCAGCCUGCCCAGCUUCACCAACCGCCGGAGCCUGGCAGAGCUGGACUUGUUGGUUGCAGAGGCUGAGAGCCGAAUCCGCAAUCUGGAGCUCUGGCAUGCAACCCCCUGCCCAGAAGUGCCAAGCCGUUUCGGCAUGAAGUCCAACUUGGAAGAGUGCAUUCAACAUGCCGAGCAGUCCCUGCAGCUGGCGACGAAGCGCGCGCGCGCGAUCGAGAUGUUAAGGCCCACCGCGGAUGCGCCAUCCUUUGCAUCUGCAGAGGUGGGGCAGCGCAUGCAAUUGGCCUCGCUCCGCGCCUCCCUGGCACAGUUGGAGCUCAGGUUUGAACGUGUCAUGUCCCUCCAACCCGGCGCGAGUCCGAGUCCCGCCGGGCGUCCGGACGCCGCGCUCGGAGUGCGUUCGGAGCUGUCCGGAGCGACGAGCCCCGUGAGCCCCGUGAAUAACGUGGCUUCCACCACGAACGAGAGGGCGCCACCGCGCGCGCAGUGUGCUGCUUCUUCACGAAGUGAAGAGGACUUCCGGCGAUUGGAGGACGAGCUGCAAAAAGCCAAAAUUGAGAUCGAAGAAUUGCGUGGAAAGAACUGCGACUUAGAACGAGAGAAUGAACGAUUGGAGAAGCAAGUCAUUGAAAGCAAAUCCAGUGCCGUGGCGCAAAUCCACUGCAUGGUGGAGAUGAUGGAAGGCACCAAAUGGAAACUGGAACCGUCAAGUUCCUUUAGGAGACCGGUGAAACUGGACACCGAGGUGCUGCGUGGGGGGGGGAUUGCCGGAUCCGUCUUGGAAAUCCUACUGGUUACAGUACUGGUGUGGUGCAUCUGA